AUAAUAUGUGGCCUUUUGCAAGGAAGUGAAAAGUAGUUGAGAUUGGGGUUAAUAUGUUUCAGUUUAUAUUCAAUAAUACUCAUAAUAUGGAGCAGGUACUAUGGGGGAGACCAUGGAUAUAUGAUAAUUUGCCGUUGGUAGUAUUACCGUGGAAGAAGGGGUUAGAACAGAAUGAUGAAACUUUUAAUAGGACUUGGAUUUGGGUUCAGCUAUGGAGUUUACCUAUCCACCGGAUUACCAAGGAAAUUGGCAGGAAGAUUGGGGGGGGUUUCAAUUCUGUAAAGGAAGUUAUAAUUCCAAAUUAGGAGGGGGGGGAGGAAGGGAAACAUCUAAAAAUUCUGGUGGAGAUGGAGUUAUCUAAACCAAUGAUGAGGGGAACUACAGUGAAGCUAGGUGGUAGUACUAGACGGAUUAAAUUUAGAUAUGAGGAAUGUCCUGAUUUUUGCUUUUAUUGUGGGAUUAUGGGACAUAGUGAGAGAAACUGUAGGGUGAAGGGAGUUAAUAUUAACAAGGAAGCUCAUUAUGGAGCUUGGUUAAGGGCUAGUAAUGCUAGGAGCCCAACUAGAAGGCAGAAUAACUCAAGUAAUCUGGAAUGUAAUGGUGGUGAAGGUUCACAACUGAAUAAGGAGUGGGGAGAGAGGGAGCAGGAACAACUCUUAUUACCCUGGAAGCUUGUUGAGGUUAGUGUUGACACAGCAGUAAAGAAGACUGUGAAGGAGGAAACUAAGGACAUGAAUCAAGGUGUUUGAUGGAAGGUUCUAAGAAGGAGAGCUCUAUGAAGUCUGGAUGUAAAAAGAAGGGGGAUGACCUGAAGGGAAGGAGCAAUGUUAAUAAAGACUUAAACUUAAUAGCAGAAGGGGAAAUACAGAAAGGCAGCCAGAGAGAGGAUUUGAACGAUAAGGAACACUUUGAUUCUAUGUGGAUUGAUGGAUCAGCUAUAGAAAACAAGGUAAGGGAGAGGGAGGGGAAGGUUAUAGGUCCUGCAAAUAAAAAACAAGACCAAACUACUAGUACAGGGAUGAGAGCUAGUAAGUAUACGGGGAAUAGAGGAUGGAAGAGACUAAUUCGUGAGGUGAGUAAAAGAGUAACUCUGAGCAAAAAGAAUGAGGUUAUGGAAAUUAACAAUGACAGGGGAAAAAGGAAAUUGAAUGAGAAUGCUGAUAAAGAGAAUGAAUGGGGACGGGGAAAUCCAGAAAAAGAACAAGACAGGAGAAAGUGAAGCAGGCCUGUAACAAACAUCUAAGGUGGUGGAGUCCUACCUUAAUGGGCUCCCAAGUCUCAAUGAGAGCUCUGGUGUGGCACUGUCGAGGUGUAGGGAGCCCCUUGACAGUUCUCCAGUUAGAGGAGAGUGUCAAACUCCACUCCCCUAAGUUGAUUUUCUUGUCUGAAACAAAAAAACAGAAAAGGAUGUUAUGAAUAAAGUGAGACUAAAGUUAAGGUAUGAUAGGCUGUUUAUGAUUGAUCUAGUGGGAAAAGCUAGUGGACUGGCAGUAAUGUGGAGGAAUGAACUGCAAGUUUGUAAAGUGCUAUAUACUGACUUUAAUAUUGAAAUGUUGCUGGAAAGAAAUGGUGCUAGAGCUAGAUGGUGGCUGAUAUGUGUAUAUGUCAGUAGUGAGGAUCAGAUUAGGGAAAAAUAGUGGAAGAUUAUAGAAGAGAGAAAAAGCUUGUGGAGUUAGAAUUGGGCAUUGGCAGGGGACAUGAAUGAUAUAUUGUCUAAGGAUGAGAAGUAGGGAGGCAGUAAAAGGCCAGAAAGAAGUUUUCAAAUAUUCAAGGACUUUGUUAACAAUAAUCAACUUGUUGACAUUGGGUUUGAAGGAAUUCCAUGGACAUGGUCAAAUAAUUGGGAGGAGGGGAAGGAAACUAAGGAAAGAUUGGAUAGAAUCUUAUGUAGUACACAGUGAAAGAGAGAAAAUGAGAAGGCUAAAUGCCUGCAUAUCCAGAAUGAUGCCUCUGACCAUACUAUGUUGUUGUUGGAUACUGAUUCAAAGGGCAUGAAGUGGAAAAGGAGAUUUUACUUUGACGGGAAUUGGGUAAAAUAUAAAGAAGUAGGUGAACUCAUUAGCAGGGAAUGGAGAAAACAACAGAAUGGUUCAAGAUUUCUUAAGCUACACCAAAAGAUAAAGAGCUGUAGAGUUGCUCUCUUGAACUGGAAUAGGCAAAGAGACACUAAUGCAAAAAAAGAGAUUAUGGAGCUGAAGCAAAAACUUGCAGAGGUUCAGGGUGAUAGGUAUGCCAAUAAGAAUGGAAAGAUGAGAGACCUUAAAAAGAAACUGGAGGAGGCUUAUAAGAGAGAGGAGGUGUUUUGGGGGCAAAAAACAAGAAUUAAGUGGUUGAAGGAAGGUGAUAAGAAUACAAAAUACUUCCAUGCAAGUGUUGCAGAGAGAAGAAGAAGGAAUAAUAUCUCAAGUCUUCAGAAGGGUGAUGGAACUUGGUGUGAGUCAGAGCAAGAAAUUGAGAAUGAAAUUAAUGGUUAUUUUCAGGAGCUUUUAACUUCUAGUAACCCUCAACAGGUUGACUCAAUACUGGGUGGUAUUCCCCUAGUGAUCACAGACCAAAUGAAUGCAAUGCUGGUUAGACCUGUUUCAGAAAUAGAAGUCAGAAAAGUUGUUUUUUCACUGCACCCAAACAAAGCCCCGGGACCUGAUGAUGAUGCGUUGAUUUUCUGUAGAGCUAACAAAGAAGAAGCUGACAAAGUGAUGAAGCUGUUGGAGGUGUAUGGAAAAGCCUUAGGACAAGUCAUAAAUGCUGAGAAGUCUUAUGUAUUUUUUAGUAAGAAUACAAGGGAUGAAGUGAAGGCAGAAAUAUUGGAUAUCCUGGGAGGCAUGAAGGAAGCUAGGCAAAGCAAAUAUCUUGGGCUUCCAUUGGUUAUAGAAAGACCAAAAAAACAAGUCUUCAACUACAUUAGGGAGAGGGUCAUCAACAGAAUGUGUGGAUCGAAGGAGAGACUACUGAGUAAUGUUGGUAAGGUGGUCCUUUUAAAAUCUGUGAUUUUAGUUCUACCUGCUUAUGCUAUGAGUUGCUGCAAACUGCCAAAAGGCUUAUGUGUGGAUAUUUGUAGAGAAAUGGCAAAGUUUUGGUAGAGUCAUAGUGAGGAAAGUAGGAAAAUUCAUUGGAUGGAGUGGAGGAAGUUAUCUGAGGUUAAAGGGAAGGGAGGGUUCGGUUUUAGAGAUCUCCAGCAAUUCAAUACUGCGAUGCUUGCUAAGGAACUAUGGAGGAUCUUGACAAGGCCAAAUCUAUUAGUUAGCAGAUUGUUAGGGGGAGGUAUUUUAGAGGAUCUUCCAUUUGGAAAAUGAAGAUUAAUGUUGGGGAUUCUUGGGUUUGGAAAAGCAUUCUCAGUGCAAGAGAGCUAUUGGAAGAAGGGGUGAGGAAGAGAGUGGGGGACAACAAGCAGAUUGAUCUAUGGGAAGAUAAGUGGCUACUAGAUCAGGAAGUUGGUAAGAUAAGAUCGAGAAAACCUCAACAUUGCCAUGUACAAAGAGUCCAUGAGUUGAUUUUUUGAAGGGAAUCGGGAUAAGGAUUUAUUGAGAGAGUUUUUUGAUGAGGAAGUCUGUCAAAGAAUAACUAAUAUUCCAAUAAGUGAGUGUGGUGAUAAGGAUAGACUAAUAUGGAUGUUCUCUAAAUCAGGGGAGUAUACUGUGAAAACUGGCUAUGUGGUGGCUAAAGAGUAGCAGAGAAAAAGAAGAAAGGAAAAUCAGCAACAAGGGAGUAGUAGCAGGAAUGAAGCUAAUUCAGGGGUGUGGAGAUUCUUAUGGAGCCUGAACAUAAAGCAUAAGCUGAAACAUUUUGUAUGGAAAUGUCUUCAAAGAAUCUUGCCAGUAAAUGAAACAAUUAGGAGAAGGAUUGGACAAGGAAAUGAUAGGUGCUGUUGCUGUGGAGAAGGGACAGAAACUCUUGAACACAUGUUCUUUUUCUGUAAGCAUGUAUAGCUAAUUUGAAAGGCUGCCCCAAUUAGCUGGGAUGAGUUGAAGGAAUAUAGAUAUAGCUUUUGGCAUUGGUGGAGUAGCUUGAUGGAAGCAAAGGUUAGAAAGGAACGGAGGGAACACAUUGAACUGACCAUAAAUGUGCUAUGACAGAUCUGGAAAUCCAGGAACCAGAUUCAAUUUAACAGGGAUGGGAGAUGUCUAGGCAUGGCAGUUAAUAAGGCAAUACAAGUAUGGUUAGAAUUCCAGAAUGUAAGCACAGAGAAGGGAGAGGAUGAAGAAAGGUACAGGGGUGUGGAAAGAGGAAAUGUGAAAUGGGAGCCACCUCCAGAAAACUUCAUGUGCUUAAUACUAAUGCAGCUAUCAAACAGAAUGAUGCAAAAAUAAGUUGGGGAGUCGUGACUAGAUGCAAGGAGGGGAAGUUAAGAGGAGCUUGGGCUGGUUGUGAAGGCAGAAAGGGUGUUCCAGCUGUUGAGGAGGUAAGAGCAAUCCGGAAAGCGCUUAUGUUUGCCAAGAUGAAUGGAUGGAGGAAUAUUAUAAUCCAAUCCGACUAAGAGAAUCAUUGAUCAAAUCAGAGAGGGAAACCUAAAUGACCAUUUAGCAGGUGCGGUCCUAUUUGACAUUCUUGUACUUAGCAAGGACUUUAGCUCUUGUCUCUUCUCUUUUGUUAAGAGGGGAGGGAAUAAUGGGUCCCACUAUUUGGCAAAGUUUGCCUUAACUUUAAUUUCUGAGAUAGCUUGGAUGGACUCAUUUCCAAGUUGGCUAAUCAGUCUAGCCAAAGAUGAUGUAGGAGCCUUUGCUCCAAAUUUGUAAUACUUUCGUUCAAGUAAUGAAAUUUUUCUAUCGUUUGGGAAAAAAA